AUGAGCGAGGCGACUCCAGGGGGACUCGAUGCUUCAGUCUCAGAUGCCUCGCAGCCCAUAGCCAGCCGCGAUGCGCCCGAAACUUCACACUCAAAAACCAGUCAAGCUUCGGGGAGGCUAGGGCAGACAUGGCCCCAUACACCAUCAGAUGGCUCCUCGGAGAAUACAAAACGCUCUGAAGCCGAAGAAACCAAGCCCCUCAAUCGCCAAAAACUCGUCACAUACCCACUGUCCAAGUCCAAAGUUUCCUCUGUGCUUGAGGCUCAUAAUCUGAGUACUAGCCUUACUGAUCGUGUAUCCGGCUGGCUGAACGCCAAACUUGCACACACAGGACAAGACAGAUAUAUUGAUCAAAAGACGCUGCAUCUGGCGGUAGUACUCCGUGCCAGCUCUCUCUACUCCCAAGGACUGGGUCCUCAGCAAUGGAAAGACGGAUACACGGAGAUCUACAAAGCCAAGCACUACAAGCGAGUAGUACGAAAAAAAGGUGUUAUACCAGCAUUGAAGGAAGAAGGGUUGGUAUUGCUGGCCAAAAUUCAGACGGAUUGCCUGGGGAGUUUUCGACGAGAAUGGCAAGCCAUGGACCAGAAUGCCAAAGCUGAUGCUUGGCAGCCCCUCGCGUUUUGGCUUUUGCAAAAUGAACCAAAACUGCUCUUGAAUUUUCUUAUUGUGACGACAGAGGGUCAGGUGAAGCCAGACUUUAGCAUGGUUGCUGAUUGUCUGCUUUACUUGGAUGCGUUCUAUUAUCAGGACUGGCUGAAAGAUUGGCGGAGUGGUACCUGCACAUAUCGGUCUGUGAUUGAAUCAUGCCUCAAUCCAAAUCAAUGGCCUGUACUUUCAUUGCCGCAGAAGGGUGUCCGGCUCUAUAUUCGACGAGCAGGGCACGAAGCUGUUUCUCUGGCCCUGAACAUUGCCAAAGAAAGAUCUCUUUAUAUUGGACCCGAAACCGCAUUGUGCUUCAUGUGGCGAUUCACCGAAUUCGAGGACGCGGAUCGAGCACUGGAGGCUCUCGCUAUUCUUCCGAGCCUCAAGAAAGAUAACUUCUCUAUGAACUCGCAGAGUGUUCACCGGCAUUGCUGUAAACUCUUAACUUUGGACACCGUGGAAGAGGAGACGGGCGAACGCAAUUUCAAGAUUCUUCCGCGACUUUUGGAGAUGGGCAUUACACCAGACCGAGAUAUGCUCAACGUUGUGCUUGCCAAUGCCUUCAAGACCAAUGGGGAGCUAGGAUCUGAUAUCCUUCAGUUUAUGCAAAGCCACGGCUAUGAGCUUGACUCUUACAGCUAUCUGACUUUGCUCAAAGACGCCGUCGCUCGCGGAGAUCGCGGUCAUGUUGAUUCUCUCAUCCGCGAGGUCGAGACGCAGGAAGAGCUGCGCAAGAAUCCAUGGAUUGCCAGCAAAAUCUUCCAUUCUUACUAUAUCUUCACCGUCAAGCAUAUUGAUGCGGAUGCUGAUCCUUCCGACAUCUUCUACUCGAUGCUUGACAUGUACAACAACAUUUACGACAUCACACCCCUUAAAGAACUUUCCGUCAUUCCUCCUCGCUACAUCCCUCGAAGUGACGGCGCUAAUGCUCCUCCUUCUCCAAUUCCCCUAUACAUCAUGCUUGCGACCUAUUUCCGCUGCCAGAACCGCCUCGCGAACGUGCAACGAAUCUACGGCCGUUUCCGGGAGCUCGUUGCUCAGGGACAUCCUUCUAUCGCUCCUAUGGUAGAGACCGAUCAUACCUACAAUGAAUUUCUCAUCGCUUUCCGCAACAGUCCGCGUGGCCUGCGAUCGUGUGUACAACUCGUUGAGGACAUGCUCCAUCCAGCGAGCCCGCAACUUGAUCAGACAGACAAGGCAAUCGUUCCUACGAAGCCCACUGUGCGUACCUGGACCCUCCUCCUCGGCUCCUUUAUUUUCCACAGGCAGAUCAAAGCCUCAGAGAGAAUUCGGGAGAUGAUGGACAAUCACAAUGUGCAGUAUAGCGACGUGACAUGGAACAUCAUCGUUAAUGGCUAUGCCAACGCACAGAAUAUCCCCGAGACGGCUGCUGCGAUCAAGGCGAUGGAGCAAGAAGGGUUCUCCAUUGACUCCUACACCAUGAAGAGCUUGCGAUAUCUCCGUGACCCGGAGAGGCUUUGGAUUGCCAUUGAUGAGCUGGACCGCAAAGCUACGGAGACGAGCCUGGCGCUUGGCACGGAGACUGAGUCUACAGGUAACAAGCAACAGGAUCAUGAUCAGCUGGUUGACAGUGGAUUAGAAAAGUUAGGCUCCAAGAUGAAGCCCCAGCCGCAAGAAUGA